AUGGAGCUACGCUGCGGCGGCGUAGGGGGCCAGGCUGGAGGGCGCAGGAUGGAUGGGGACAGCCGAGAUGGCGGCGGCGGCGGCUGCAAGGACGCCGGGUCGGAGGACUAUGAGAACCUGCCGACCAGCGUCUCCUUAUCCAUCCACAUGACAGCCGGAGCGAUGGCCGGGAUCCUGGAGCACUCGGUCAUGUACCCGGUAGACUCAGUGAAGACACGAAUGCAGAGUUUGAAUCCAGAUCCCAAAGCCCAUUACACAAGUGUCUACGGAGCCCUCAAGAAAAUCAUACGGACUGAAGGCUUCUGGAGACCCUUGCGAGGCCUCAACGUGAUGAUGAUGGGCGCGGGGCCGGCCCAUGCCCUGUAUUUUGCCUGCUACGAAAACAUGAAAAGAACUUUAAAUGCCGUUUUCCACCACCAAGGGAACAGCCACCUAGCCAACGGGAUAGCUGGGAGUAUGGCCACCCUGCUCCACGAUGCGGUAAUGAACCCAGCAGAAGUUGUGAAGCAACGCUUGCAGAUGUACGACUCGCCGCACCGGUCGGCCCUCAGCUGCAUCCGGACCGUGUGGGGGACGGAGGGCUUGGGGGCCUUCUACCGGAGUUACACCACGCAGCUGACCAUGAACGUUCCCUUCCAGUCCAUCCACUUCAUCACCUAUGAGUUCCUGCAGGAGCAGAUCAACCCGUACCGGGGCUACAACCCGCAGUCCCACAUCAUCUCAGGUGGGCUGGCCGGGGCCCUGGCUGCAGCCGCUACCACCCCUCUGGACGUUUGUAAAACCCUCCUCAACACUCAGGAGAACAUGGCCCUCAACCUGGCCAACGUCAGUGGCCGGCUGUCGGGCAUGGCCAACGCCUUCCGGACGGUGUACCAGCUCAACGGCCUGCCAGGUUACUUCAAGGGCGUGCAGGCCCGCGUCAUCUACCAGAUGCCGUCCACCGCCAUCUCCUGGUCCGUCUACGAGUUCUUCAAGUACUUUCUCACCAAGCACAAGCUGGAGAAUCGAACUCCGUACUAA